AUUUGACAGACUUAGUUUCUCCACAGAUGUUCCUGGAUGGCUGAAGAGUCUUCGUCUCCAUAAGUACGCCGUGCUCUUCUCCACAAUGACCUACGAUGAGAUGAUGUCACUGACGGAAGAACAACUGGAAGCACAGAAAGUCACCAAAGGAGCUCGACACAAGAUUGUAAUCAGCAUUCAGAAACUCAAAGAAAGGCAGAACCUUCUGCGCAGCCUGGAAAAGGACGUCUUGGAGGGCGGGAAUCUUCGCAUGCCGCUGCAGGAGCUCCACCUGAUGAUCACGACUCCCAUCAAGGCCUUCAGCGGAGGGGAUGAGUCGUCUCUGCAGCGCCCCCUGUUGAGUCCGCAGAGCAAGAGCUCCGCCUCCGACUCCGGCCUGCCUGGAGGCGGCGGAGGAGAGGCCGAGUCCGGCGGCAGCGUCAUUGCAGAGGGGGAUCUGCCGGGCCAGUUCACCCGGGUCAUGGGGAAAGUUUGCACCCAGCUCCUCGUGUCGCGGUCGGAUGAGGACAACAUCAGCUCCUACCUGCAGCUCAUCGAUAAAUGUCUCAUCCACGAGUCCUUCACAGAGACGCAGAAGAAGAGGCUGUUGUCAUGGAAACAGCAGGUCCAGAGGCUUUUCCGGUCGAUCCCGAGGAAAACUCUCCUUGACAUUGCGGGUUACCGGCCUCAGAGGAGCCGUUUCGGUCAGUCGAACUCUCUCCCCACCACCAGCUGCGUCGGGAGCAGCGUGUCCGCCAGGCGCAGCCUCCACCAGUUCCAUAUGCCUUCCAGGAGCUUACCGGGAGCCAGACUGGGUUUACUGGGCAGCGGGGGGCUGCUGGGACCCACACCCCGCAGCUCCAGCAGCACCCCGACCGGGCCCAAACAGGGCAGGCAUGGCCCCUGGUUUGCCAACCCUGGUGGAAGUAACAGCAUGCCGAGUCGGACCCACAGCUCCGUGCAGAGGACGCGGUCGCUGCCGGUCCACACCACCAUGGUUCCGUUCCAGCAGGCCGAUCAUCAGUUUCCAGUGACGGAGCCGGACAUCAACAAUCGCCUCGAGUCGUUGUGUUUGAGCAUGACAGAACACGCUUUGGGAGAUGGUGCAGAUCGCACAUCAACGAUAUGAGGUCAUCGGGGCGCCGCAGGUUCUCCUCAAAGCCAGCCGGAGGUCGCCGGUCCUCCCGCCCCCCUCCCCGCAGCGCUCCACCGCCGGACCGGACCGGGCCGGACCUCGGAAACACUCGCAGGUUGGUCAGCGAACAGCCAACGCAGCCCAUCAUCCAUCGGGUCGGACAGAAACAGACUUCCUCCUCCGUCCGAGAAGGAAAAGCAUCAAAGCCAGCGAUGGACGGCGCCUGACUGGCGCCCCCAGUGGAGGCGAGCGGAAGGGCAACACCGGCCUGUGGAUCGGGCCGACCGGAUGAAACAUGGCGUCUUCCGCGUCAGUAAUGUUACCUCAGACGAGACGAGCAGAACCGCCGCGUUCGGGUCGGGAUUCUCGGACCGAUCGAACGUCCGGCGCUUCGUAAACGUUGGCGCCGCGACUCUGUGAGUUUUUAGCCGACAUCUUGUUUCUGCGUCCGUAUUGUUUACACGACGAUGCUGCUGUCGGAAGGCGCGCUCGUUUUCAGGAAGCGCGCGAAGCUUUACGUCCCGCAGGCAGCCAUCGAACCAGUUUACAGCAAACGUCUCCUUUAUCAAGCGACGGCGAGCUGCGAGGUUUUAACGGAGAGAACGACGGGAGGAAGUGCAGCCGAGGAGGAUGUUGAAGAGCAGCAGCGUCAAACUCACAAAUUUAUCAAUAAAACUACGUACAUUCAAAAACACAAAACGUUA